GCCUGCAAUUCUACGCAUUUACCAACUGUUCUAGAUUUCUAGUGAUCUAUACUGACGUCCUGAUUUUAUAAUAAUACUUCUUAAAGCGAAAAAUAAAGGCAGAAUAUAUCUUUCUUCGAAAUGUUACGACCUAUAUCGGCCAUUGGCCGAAGGAUUUCUUUAUCGAGUAGUUCGAAGGACUCGAUCAGGACUAAAGUGGUUCAUCCCGCUUCUCUCUUGAAACCGGCAGAAAAGAUUAAGCUGUACAAUAAAGAGAACAAAGACCUGUUCGGCCCGUUAUUGGAGACAAACAAGCAGAGGAAACAAAAAUUACGGAAGUCUGCUAAAAAUAGCAAACUCACGGAUCAAAACAACAGAGCGUCGGCGCCUAACGAAAGUGCAGUGAAAUUCGACAGUAGUGCUAAGAAAAAUGAUAUAACCUGCCUCAAAUACAAUCCUGUUUUGCCAGUGGACAUUUUUAAAAGAAAAAUGUGGCAGAAUACAAGGACUUGUGUUAACUUUGUGGGUGUGCUGUUAAAUAAUGCUAGUGUGAGAGGUUUGAAGACUUCAGCAGCUGUCAGUGCUGCUAGAAGCACAGCAGCAGAGCAGGGUUAUGUGUCAGAGGACAAGAUUCUUCAGAUCAAGCCGUACCGGAAUGAUUAUGCCCAGCAAUAUCCAUCGGUGACUCUGAUUCUAAAUAAAACAAUGACGAAUGAAUCUAGGGCAGCAUUAGAAAAGUGGAAACAGGAAAGAAUUGCUGAAAUGGGACAAGAGGAGUUUGAUCGAUUCUAUCAAGCUCAAUUGGCUCUGGGCUCGAAAUUCCACAGCACACUCAAAGACUACUUCACUCAGCCGAAAUCUCAGCUCCGCAUAGAGAAAGAUGUGGAGCCAGUCUGGAACUCGGUAGCUGAGGUGUUGAAGCACAUAUCCUCUCCGAAAGCCAUAGAGUCCAACGUAGUACACCCAGUUUUAAAAUAUAGAGGGAUAUUUGACGCUAUUGCCUAUUAUGACGACAAGCCAACCCUAAUUGAAUGGAAGAAAUCUGAUAAGCAACGCAAAUCCAUAGCCACGACUUACGACAACCCAGUGCAGCUAGCAGCCUACUUCGGAGCAGUGUGCAACGAUCUGAACUACAAGCAUUUGAAUGUCCGGGAUGCUCUUCUAGUCAUCGCCUACACCGAUGGUUCCAAAGCGGAUUACUACCAUCUCUCAAUGGACAAGCUUAGGGAACACUGGGCCCAGUGGCUGAUACGGUUGGAGACAUACAUGAAGAAACAUGGACAGGACUCUGAGAAGAUUUUGAAAGGCGGGAAGAGGUUGUUUGAGGAAGAAAUCGGGAAUCUCCAGUAAUUAUUGCGGGGAUAAAGCGGAUGGAAAAUAAAACUGAAGAAAUAAAGAAAACCAAUUCCAGCUACUUUCAAAAUUUGUGAGUCUCGGUCAUUGUAAAAUUUGUUAUGAAAAAAAGACUGUUGUUGAAGUUAUAAUGGACUUAGUCUUCCCAAAUCGAAAAUAAUUGGCUAGUACUCUUAAGAUUUUUCGGAUCUAUAAUAGUUGUUUAAUAAUUAUUGUCAUGUUAUAUAAUAUCAUGGUCAUGCCCAGAUAAAAUAUACCAUUAUUUCAGUCUAAGGAGUCUUAAGCUUGGUAUUGCAGUACUAAAAGAACAGAUACACUAGAAACUCGAUUACCCUUUAGGGAAUAUUACGCAACACUCUGCAUAGGGGGCGCCAUUAGCACAAACUGUAAACAAACCGCCUUUAUUUAUUUGUAACAAAUAAUCUGUGAAAAAUCGUCAAAAACUGUUUAUGGUAUACUAUAUAAGUUACUCUAUGGUUUGUACUAGUGCUGCCUCUGGUGGCAGAAAAUUGACGGACACUUGUUUGGAUAAACAAAGGUUUUUUUGGGCGAGAUUUAACAAAUACAACACUUUUUUAACAUAAAAACAGUAAAAAAUUUGACUUCAUAAUUAACGCUAAAAUAUAAAACACCAGAAAAAAGUUCUGAUAAUUAAAAUUAAGUGAUACUGUACAAUACAAUGCAAUACAAUAUAAAUCCUCUUUACAGUACAUAUGGUGCUACUUUCCCGCACGUGCGGGAGUGAGCACUUUCCGUGCAUAUGUCCAAACUUUAAAGAGCCAUAUAUACUGUAAAACAUACGAUACAUGUGCGAAUAGGUAAUUCGCAACUCGUGUCGAUUUCACAGACCUGCUUCGCUUAAAGACAGAUGAAGUGUGCGAAACGGAAGCCAUCACGUAUAUGAACAUCUCAUCGAGUUUUUUUUUUAUGGAGGAUAGGGAGUGCGAAAGAGGCAGACUACAAAUGAGAAAAUGUAACCAUUUUUGAGUUAGAUCUCGGCCGCAGUAUUUUGCCGUAUUUUUUAAUGUAAAAAAUAUAAAUGAAUCAGGAAGAAAACCAUAAAUAAAGUAAUGUAGUGAAGGUAGUGUCGUGUAGUGUCACAGGGCCAAACAACCCAGGCAAAUACCUACUCAUUUCACAGGUAAUAGGGUUGUUUCCAUCUACAAAACUUAGGGCAGAAAUGUAUCCCAAUAAAUUCUUUUGGAUUAUAAGAACAUGUUAAACUACUAUUAGGGGACCUGUAAUGACCAUAUUUUUGUAAAUAUUGAAUUUAAAAUAUGUUUUGGCACACGUCACGUGACCAAACUCGAAACGUCAUUGAAGAUUCUGAUGACGUCACAACUCUCGGAUUAACACUGUUACUAAUAUUUUUGAUCUCACAUAGACAAUUUGCGCACACACUUGCAUUUCAUUUUUGGUCGCACUUUUGAAGGUUGAUCCUCCGUCCUUCGGUCGUGCUUUUAUCCAUCAUCACUCGUUGCGAAUUUUUUAUUUUCAGCACUUGUAUCGUAAAUAACUAUAAUUAACCUUAAAAAACAUUAACAGAAAAAACUUUUUAACAAAAAAUAAAACCGACUUUAAUUAUUACCAAAAGCGCCAUACAUGUACCUAUAACAUUUGAAGAGUUCCCUCGAUUUCUCCAAGAUCCCAUCAUCAGACCCCGCCUUGGUGCCAACGAGACCAUCUACCCGUUCGAUUAAAAUAAAAAUUUUGAAAAUCGAUUCACGAUUCUUGGAGAUAUCGAUAUCUCACAUACAUACAAAAUAAAAACAGUCGAAUUGAGAACCUCCUCCUUUUUUGAAGUCAGUUAAAAAUAAAAGUGAGAACUCUAUCAUUUCACAUGGUUCCAUGUUAAUUUAGUACAUUUUGUUGUGUGUACCUUGUCCUUUGACCUGGUGCAGAAUCCGGGAAAACAACUAACACUGUAAAUCCAAGCAAGACUCAUUAACAAAUAAUGGUGAGAUUCAAAGUAGGUUAUAAAAGAGAAAAUAUUGUCAUAAGUCACCACCCAGCUAGCAGUCGUUUUUAUCGUUUAUCGCCGUGGAUAAGAAAUGGAUCACUCUCACACUUUCAUACUUGCCCUGGCUUCAAUCAUAUCUUAUCCACAGCGACAAGCGACAUGAAGUGUUGAAUUGUUGUAACAAUUUGUUGAUAGCACUCGGGAUUAAUAUUGUGAAAAUUGUAUUAGCUUAUUGUAAAAUUAUCAACUAUAGCGAAAUACCAAAAAAGUAGUGAUCGCCUAGUCAGUUUCGAAUACAGUUUCAAAUUCUUAGAUUUUUCAGAAUAUGAAAAAAAAUCAUAGCAUUUAUUAGCAAUAGCAUAAACUUCACUACAUCACAUCGCUACCUAAGUCACAUAAGAAUAAUCCCUUUUUUUUAAAAUGCGGGCUGUGUCUUACAGUUUAAAAUUAUUUGUUUGUGUGGUGUAAGUAUUUAUGAUAAACUAUAAAAUUGCAAAUUACAUUGUCCAUGUUGUAUUUUUGUCGUUCUUGUACUUUUUGCUCAUACUGCGGUCACGGCGGUUAAAGUGGAAAUUUACAUAAUACAGAUGUCUCAAAAGUAAAUCUGGUACCUGUAAUUGACAGGUGAUUUUUUUAACCGUUUUCCAGGCAUAGUACGAUUUAUCGACCACAUACGCGCCAUUAGAAUUUCAACUUUAGCAUUCCGAUUUAAGGUUCAAAUUAGAUUACACUUUCAGGAAAUGUUACUUGUCUUGAAAUGAAUCACCAAAGCUGGAUUAAUUUGAAUAUAUUUGGAUUUUUUGGGAAAACCUUGUAGAUUGGUGCGGCCUGGAAAAGGGUUAACAUGUACUUUUUUUUAACACAAAUAGAAUUAGAAUAGAUAUUUAAAACACGCUGGCCAUCAGUAUGAUUGUACUUUACACUUUAUUAUUUUGGUAAGGUAGAAAAUUAAUCAUAAACUGCAGGAACCAAAAUGACGCAAAAUGUAAUUCGUUUACUUUUUAUCUGAAGGCGCGUUUUUACUUAUUAAUCUGUCGUCAUAAGAAGUCGACCGUAUAUAAACACGCCCUUACCUACUGUGUGAUAAUAUAAAUAGUAUGGUAAAUCGUUUAAAAUGUGUACAACUUAAUAUUUUGACUGUCGCAAAACAAAUACAGUAACAAUAGUAAAAAUCUAUUGUUAAAUAUAUCGCUUUAUGUAAAAAAACUACUCAGAUUUUUUUAUUUUUCUUUCAUGCUGUAUAUGAUUAUUCUAUCCCUGUAUGGUAAGUUCAUAAUACGUUUAAUAACAUUAAUGCUUUAUAAACGUAGAUAUUUCAUGUUCCUUUAAUUUUAAGGUCUGACAUAUUCGAAAUAAUUUCAAUAUUGUAUGUUAUGGACUAAGCCGUUCCUCGAUAAAAAAAAACUAACCUUUUCGCUACCAUUGACUUGAUACUAUGGAAGGUAGAGGUAAGGAACGCAAUCUCCAAACGCAGAACUGAUGCAAGUGUCCAGUUGUCGGCUAUAAAUAAUAGUUCCAAAUCUCUCCCGAGUGUCGCUAGAGUAGCUAAGAACCUACGCGUUAUUGACGGAGUGAAGUGCGCUAUGAUUUGAUUUUCUUUUCAAGUAUUCUAGGUAUUGUUCCACCUAUUUAAAGUUUUUUGAUGACACUUUUUGGCAUAUGGAGAUUCCAAUCCUUACCUCUACCUUCCAUACUUGAUACAAAGUAAGUACGUGUAGGUAUGGUAUGUCAUGCUCCCGUCUCAUUAUUUUCUCGCGAUGUUUUGAUCAGCUAUCAGAUUUUGACAACGGCGCCUUCGUCGCAUUAUAAAUUAUAAGUAACAUGUGAGUAAAACUUGUAAACUCUGAAAUCAUUAUUAUAAUCCAAGUCUGAUUUAUGUUUGUAUAACUCAGUCCAUAUCUUGUAAUAAAACCAUAAAAAGUU